AUGUCGCAAACUCGUCUACAGCGGAUCUUCAUCCCCCAGCGAACGACGGACCCUCACGUCGCGCCUCAAAGACCAAAGGCAGCUGAGGCGAGUGCACGGGACAAUCGAUCCGGCGUCGAUGAAAUUCCCGUCUAUGAAUCACCUGCUGCCGCUGCGUCCAAGCCAGCAAAAGCAAAGCGCCUGAUCCCACCCAAACAGUUCCCCAAUGUCAAGGCUGAUAUUGACGGCAAGGAUCUCACCAAGAUCGGCAGGGUCGGUGCAUCGAAGAGAGUCUUUCUGAAGCUGCCCAAGAACACGAUCACGCUGAGCGUCGCUUGA